GUUUCACUUCCCCCAUGGUGAGCGGUAUUGGCUGACAUAACGUUGAGUGUUAAGUCUCCGCCUCUGACAAGCAGAGAGAUCCCGGUGAAGAGAGCAGCAUGGGGAAGGGAAGCCGGGGCUUGGCUCUGUUUGCAUUGGUGGAAUAAAGAGUUGGCGCUUGCCGGACAGAGUGAGUUUUUAAUCCCGUCAGGGCUGGUGUUGAGCCGGCUUGGCCAGCGAAGCAGAGGGCAAGUGGAGUGAAUGCUUGUUCCUCACUGGAUCCACACGCCCCAGUGUAGACCGAUGCUGUGAUACAGUGCGAAAGAGAAGGAAGCUGAAGGCAGGGCGCAUAAAUGAAGACUGAGACAUGGAAAGUGGACGAAAGACUAUAGCAGCGCUGUAGAAGGACGGGCGAGCCGUACAGAGGUCACAAAGGUACUGGUGGUAGUGGGGAAAUUGUUUAAAUAGCGCUUCCCUCUGAGAACCCGGAGACUCAAAAAGGAGACAAACACAGAGGUCGAAGAGGACACUGCAAGGACUGGGCAGCUAACUGGCAACUGGGAAAACCGACUCGAUUUUUGUUGAAAAAGUCUUUACCCCGAGAACACUCAGGGCUGUACGCAGGCAACAAGUGGCACAAGGUCAUAUAGCUCAUCUGGUGACUUUUUGACCCAUGCAGGAUACAAGGUUUUACACCUAAUGCUGUGCGUUGAGGGUACUAAGAGGGUCGCAGAACCAGGAUUGGUUUUCGGUCUGUCUGAUCAAGGUGCCAGCACGUGUCCUAUCAAUGGCAAUUUCCUUGAUCCUGUGAAACCUGUCAAGCUGGACGCCACAGCUGUCAGUGAAACGACCUCGGCUGACACUCUGUCUGCCUCAGAGACACUUAAUUGCCCAUUUCUAGCCUGCAGCACAGGCUCCAAUGAGGUGCACUACGUGAGUGAGGCAGUUUGCCCAGAAGAUGCUUCCACCAGUGAUGCACAUAGAGAUGCCUGCACCAUUACUGAUGUGUGCAACAGUACUGACCUUCCAGAAGUUGAAAUCAUCAGUCUACUGGAAGAGCAACUGCCUCAUUACAAGCUAAGAGCUGAUACAAUUUACGGUUAUGACCACGACGACUGGCUUCACACCCCUCUCAUUUCUCCAGAUGUUAAUCUCGAUCUCACCCAUGAACAAAUAGAAGAGACGCUGAAAUACAUGCUUCUAUGUGCUGAAAGAGUGGGCCAGAUGACUAAAACAUACAAUGAUAUAGAUGCUGUCACCCGCCUGCUAGAAGAGAAAGAGCGUGAUUUAGAGUUAGCUGCACGGAUCGGUCAGUCUCUGCUAAAGAAGAACAGGACACUAACUGAAAGGAAUGAACACCUUGAGGAGCAAGUGGAACAUGCCAGGGAGGAGGUGUCUCAACUCCGUCAUGAGCUGGCUAUGAAAGAUGAGUUACUACAAUUCUACACUAAUGCGGCAGAAGAAAGUGAGAGUGACUCCACUUCCUCCACACCGUUGAGACGGAUUGAGUCUACCUCAUCUGUACAGAAUUAUUUUCAUUUGGAUUCUCUUCAAAAGAAGCUGAAGGAUCUAGAAGAAGAAAAUGUUGUUUUAAGAACAGAGACUUGUCAUCUGCAGACCGAGACCAUUUCAUAUGAAGAGAAGGAGCAGCAGCUUGUCAAUGACUGUGUGAAGGAGCUAAGGGACGCAAAUCUCCAACUUGUCAAUCUCGCAGAGGAACUGGCAAAGAAGACUGAAGACUCAGCGCGCCAGCAAGAGGAAAUUACUCAUCUGCUGUCACAAAUAGUCGACUUGCAGAAAAAGUCUAAAGCUUAUGCGGUAGAAAAUGAGGAACUUACUCAACAUCUGGGUGCGGCUAAAGAUGCCCAACGGCAGCUCACAGCUGAGUUGCGAGAGCUGGAGGACAAAUAUGCGGAGUGUAUGGAGAUGCUGCAUGAAGCACAGGAGGAAAUCAAGAACCUGCGUAACAAAACCAUGCCAAACAGCGCACCACGACGCUAUCAUUCACUGGGCCUGUUCCCUUUGGAUUCUUUAGCUGCUGAAAUUGAAGGGUCGAUGCGUAAAGAACUGCAGAUGGACACCUCGCCUGCCCUGGAACAAAGACAUCAGCAGAAACGGGUGUUUGAAACUGUACGCACAGUGAAUCAAGCUGUCAGACAAAGAUCGCAGGCACCGUCACCAAUGAACAUCCCAGGGUCUAACCAGUCCUCCGCAAUGAACUCUGCCUUCUCAAGCUGUGUCAGCACUCCCCGGUCUAGCUUCUACGGUGGCGACAUCACCAGCAUAGUCAUAGACAACAAGACGAACAGCAUCAUUUUAGAAACCGAAUCAAAUGAAAUAGGAACUGAGGACAGCGAUAAGAAGCUAGGGCAGCCAGGGACCCCCGGAUCCAAGGAUUUACAGGCGGCUCUCCGGCGCCUUUCUCUAAGACGAGAGAACUAUCUCUGUGAGAGGAGAUUUUUCGAAGACGAACGGGAGAGGAAGUUGCAAGAGCUAGCAGAAAAAGGGGAAAUCUCGAGUGGCUCUGCGACACCAACCGAAAGCAUCAUGUCUCUGGGAACCAACCUCUCUGGGAUAUCUGAUUUCACGAGGUUUUCAGGAAUGUCUUUCAGCAGCCGUUCAUACCUGCCAGAGAAAUUGCAGAUCGUAAAGCCCUUGGAAGGUUCAGCAACUUUGCACCAUUGGCAACAACUGGCCCAGCCAAACCUGGGAGGAAUCCUUGACCCACGGCCUGGUGUUGUCACCAAGGGCUUCAGGCCUCUGGAGCUGGACACUGAGCAGGUGUACCAUUUAACAGAUUAUGAAGAAGAUGAACCCGGCGACCCUGCUUUCCGGGGCCUAGCUACCUCAACCCCGGUGCAGCACAGGGAGACCUCAGGUGAGAGGUCGAAUGAACAAGUGCCUGUAUCACACAGCAAGACGUUAGUGAUGCAGUAUCAGCCAAACACAGUGGAGACACAGGAGACAGCGGACGGUGAUGAGGCUUCUGUCCACUAUCCUGGUAAAUGUAUGUCACACACCAGCUCCACCUUUACCUUCACAACCUGCCGCAUUCUUCACCCCUCUGAUGAGCUCGCACAAGUCACUUCAAGUGUUCACUCUGCACCUACUCCAGUCUGUGGGAUCUUGAAUAAUAUAAAAUCAACUCCAGUUGGUACACCGUGUACACCUCGACGCUUGAGCUUGGCUGAAUCCUUCACUAACCUCCGGGAAGGUACAACCACACUGAGCAUCUCUCUGGGCCUGGUUAAGUUACUGAAGGAGCGAGGGAUCUCAGCAGCUGUGUACAACCCGUACAGCUGGGACAGGAUGGGCCUCAGCACCACUGCAAACUUCUGCACUCCCAAACCAACCUUUGUACCAUCCACCCCACCCAACUCGCCAUUGUAUUCCCUGUGCCCGUCUCCACCUCCAUUUGAAUGUAAGGGCACUUGCAGUCACUAUGACAAUUUCCUGGCCUCCAAGCCAGCCAGUUCUAUGUUAAAGGAAAUGAGAGGGGACAAACCAGUGAGGCACAGCGAAAGCCAGACAGAUGUGAGCAUCUCCAAAAUCAACCUGGUUGACAAAGUGAAGAGGCUUGGCAUUGCCAAAGUUGUUCAUCCAGGCAUUACGCCAGUGCAGGAGUCUUCAAUGAUGGACGACAAUGGACCCCUUCUUAACAGGGCCCCAGGGUCAGUGAAUACUUUUCCCCAGGGCAGUCUGGUGGGUGAGAGCCUCGCAUUAGGCUGCACUCAAGUGGUCACUGGUGCUAUUGGAGGGAUUCAGCUGAAUACUGGCAUUCGACGGAAUCGCAGUUUCCCCACAAUGGUGGGUGCCAGCAUGCAAAUGAAGGGACCUGCUCCCAUGAGUUCAGGAAUCCUUAUGGGAGCCAAAAUACCCAAACAGACUAACCUACAAUAAGGGUUAAGCACAGUGUUGGUUGACUACCGAUAAAACUGACUUUCAGUGUUUGAUACAUUGACUUAGUGCCUAAUAGGAAUAGAGCAAACUUUGUAUAAUUAUGUACAUAGAUUUACAGUCUGAAAUUCAUUUAAGCAACUAAUUUAAUUUAAGGUCUUAGCUAUACAUAUAUGUAUAUAUAUAUAUAAAGGAAGUACUCUUCUGUGAUUUAAAACAUACACUCACAUUGAAGUGGAUGUUCUAACAUUAACUUUUUAAUGAAGGCAGGUAGAUUGAAUUUUGCACUGUAUAAUGAUUUGACUACACAGUACAAUCAGACACUUUGAGCUGCUUUGUACUAACUAUGCAGUCCAUUUCAGUGUCAUCACUGUACCUGUUAUGGACAUGCAGAGGACAUUGUUUUAACUAAUGCACUGUAUUUUAAAGAAAAAUAACUUGUUUCAUUGUAUGAAGCAUCGUUUUUAAAGUGUGUGUUUUUGCUAUUAACUUGUUUUGACAGCCACAUUUAUUCAUGUACUGAGCUCCUUAUUGAAGGUUAACUAUAGUCUGUAGGUGUGUGCAAUGGAGUAAGAUUAGCUCUAAUAGUAAUUACAGAAUCCAGUGUUUGUGUGACUUUUAUAUUCACUCAUUGAUGCACGAUGUGAGGGGAAAGGGAACUUAAAUACAAAAUUCCCAUUUGCACUGUUAGUUGUAAAUACAUGUUGGUGUCAAAACUGUUCACAACCAACAGCCAUCAGGCCCCAUUGAAUCUUGAGUUUAUUUUCUCUGACUGAGGUGACUCGCUGUGGUCUCAAACAUUUAUUUGAUAUAUUUUGGAAACAAAUAAGACUAUUACUGCAUGUGUUUUAACUGCCUCCUUAUGAUUUCUUACUGUGCAAGUUUUUUUAAAGUGAAUAUUGAGAUUCAGUUUCUAGUUUUACACCACAUUGUGAAUAUUGGUCCCCAGUGAUUGAAUUUCUAUUAAUUUGAAGCAGGGAGGGGAGUGAUUUUGAAUGUAUUGGAUGAUGAAGCCAGCCUGAUAUGGUUCCCUAUAUUGUAGGUCACUACUUGUCCAUUAGACAUUAUGUUAAAGGAAGAUGCCAAUUGUAAACAUACAAUCAAGGGGAGUUUCUCCACAAAUCAGGCCAUGAACGUACAGGGACACAAUAACACUUUAAGAAUGGCAUCUAAUGUAUAAGACAGUUUCAACAGUAUCAAUUCAUCUUCAGAGGAGUUGGAAUAAAUCAGUGUAAACUACUUAAAAA